ACAAAUGUUUAGUGCGUUCAUGAUUCUAAUGUGCUGCUGUCCAGAGAAGAAAUAGGAAGCUUUGUUGUUAGUGAAAUCAGCUGCUGCUGUGUUUUUAUAAACCUUUAUUUAUCCAGGGCAGGUCCGCUGAGCACAAAUGCUAUUUUUCUGUUUUUUUAAGAAACGCCCUGCAUAUAUAAUCCCAUCUGGAAGCUGCCAAGCCGUACCACAACCACAGCCUUAUCUGUCGGCCACCGGAUAACAGUGGUGGUUUGAGGUGAUUUGCUCAAGGGCACCUCAUUGUCGUGUUAUACUCACUCAGAAGGCAGCAGCCAAUUUAAUCCAUCCUACAUGACUCGUGAGCUGUAACCAGGUGACAAAUUGAAGGGAAAAAAACUGCAUGAGUGGAGAGACGGAGUGCCUUUUGCUUACAUACCUGGGAGUUACUGAAUGGUUUCAUAAGCAUGGAAAUGAUGUGAAUCCUAUGAUAUGCCCUUCACAGUCAGCAGGUCUGACCCCAAUUGAAUUGAGAUUUUGGAGCCAAAUAAGGGAACGUCUUCUGGAUGACUGGUGUUCAUCCCUCCAGUAGAAAGCACUGGAGCCGCUCUGGUUGUGGUGGACCAACAUGUUACGAAGGCGGCUGAUGUUGUUUUUGGGGUAACGGGGUGAAAAGUACAAAAUGUGUCUUUGCACAACUUGCCAAAUGAGCCAUAUUCAACAGACGCAGUUGGAUUUUCUUAGUGAGUGAUGGCCUCAAUGAGUUGCUGUAUUAAUCAAUGAAAUACAAAGUCAGCAGAAGUGUCCAGGCUCAUCUCUGUCUGUAAAUUCAUGGAGGCACCUGGUUGUGCACAUUUAAUUAGUUGGGAAUAAAAGCAGUGUGUUUCAGACAUGAAUAUUUAUAUUUAAAUCAACAAAGACUCUCCUGCUUAAAUACGAUUAUAUUUACAAUGGGAACAAGAGACCCUAGGAGGUUAUUAAUUCAUUUUUGAGAGAAAUAAUAUCUCACACAGACCUCUUAGAUACCAGAGAUUUGUUUUAAGUCUGGGUGAGACUUUAAAACUAUUUAUAGGCCAGGUAAUUAUUUGCUUAACAAUGUUCCACCAUCACUUUGCAUACGCCUUGAUAAUAAAUAAUGGAAUAGUGUUUAUGCAGGCACACCAUCUGCAGUGCAUUAUUUUCUCAACAGCAAUAAAUGGCUCAUUCUUUGUUUACUUGUUGCCUUUCUCACUUAACUUUUUUUUUUUUUUUUUUGCCCAAAGUAAAAAGCCUGCACUUUCCUGAAACUGUUACCGGUCACGUUCGGGAGGGUAAAGUGAGCAGAAAUAAAAAUGAAUGGACUGUUUCAAUGGGUCACAUGUUCCACGUGCAGCCCUCCUGUGGUGAACACGGCUCAAGGAAAUGCACCUGUCAUGGAAAAUGUGGAGAGGCGCUCCUGCCUCUCGGCUGCAAACUUUCCUUAUCUUCCGGUACUCGGGACUCCUCGAGCGCGCACAAAACUUCAACACUUUUUUGGAGACGGGAGGCAAGAAGGAGAAGACGAAGUGGAAAAGUCAGGUCUUGCAUUUGCUCACAGCCAACGAGGAAAGAAUAUCUCGCUGUCGCCCGUAGUGACGCAAUCCGUGUAGCGGUGGUGAAGUCGACGUUUAACAGGAGAUCUCCUCGCUACCACUGAGCUGAGCCAGUUAAGCUACGCUGAGGGUUUAUGGUUGAAGGCACGAUGCCCGAGGCCGCUGACAUGAUCAACCUGGGUUUCCUGUCCGACUCUGAGCGGGAGCUGAUCCUGGAGGUGCUGCAACGUGACGAGGAGCUGAGACAGGCUGAGGAGCAGCGUGUGCGGAGUUUGAAGACAGAGUUGCUGGAUGUGAAGAGGAAAGGGGCCAAACGUGGCAGUGGACGAUACAGUGACCGUAGUUGUGGCAGAUGCCAGCAGCCUCUGAGUCGACUGACUGUUUUCUCCAGCCGGUGUAAGAUUUGCAAUCACCAUGUGUGCAGCAAGUGCCGAACAGUCCUCCCCGAAGGAUCCUGGCGGUGCAACGUGUGUGCCAAAGAGUCGGAUCUAAAGAAGAGGACCGGUGACUGGUUCUACGAUCAAAGGAUCAACCGUUUCUCCCUGAUGCCUGUACACGACCUCAUGAGAGCCUCCCUGAAAAUGAAAGCUCAGGGGAAGAAGCGUGAGACAACGGGAGAAACACUGUUGAGAAGUAUUGAAAUGAACCCAGAUCCUCCGAUUCCUGUGCCACGGGUCAGACAGAAGAAUCAGAUAACGGAUCACAAAGGUCAUUCAAACGAGAAUUCAGGAUCGAUUGCUUCAAAGGAAUCAUUUGAAUCAAAGGAGGAAGUUUGGUCAAAGUCAAAACGCAGCGACUCGGAGUCUGCAGAAAAGAGCAGUAUAACUAGCAGUAAAGCAGACACCGAGUCUGGCCAUGUGACCCCUGAGCAGCAAAGGAAAGGGAACCCUUUCGUUCCGUCCAGCCCAGCAGGGUCCACUGUUUCCAGUCUGACCGCUCCAGUCAAAGCCCCAGAAGUAAAGCCGGUCAGCCCGAACCCGGAGACAGAUGUCGAUAGACUCUUCAAGAAGAGCAUCAAACGAGACCCAAAACCUCCUGAGUAUGUAUCGACACUGGAUCUGCGUGAUGUACGUGACAAAUCAGAGGCCUCGAUGGGCAACAGGAGCCAGUCUGUACCGGGCCUCGACAUACAGGAAGACGGAGAGGAGGAUGAAGAUAUUGACAGCUUGGUUAGCUUUCAUAAAAGGACAAUCGCGUCGAGCUCCUACAGCCUGAAUAGCUCAAAGAGCACACUGGGCAGCCUGAUGAGCAUUUACAGUGAAGCAGGAGACUUUGACAGCGUGGAGGUGAGCGGAGACCUCAUCUUCUCUUUGAGCUACGACGAACACACCCAGAGCCUCCAAGUCCUCAUCAAGGAGUGCCACGGGCUGGCCUACGGCAAUGCCUCGAAGCAGCUUUCCCACCCUUACGUCAAAUGUUAUCUGCUCCCUGACAAAUCUCGCCAGAGCAAAAGGAAAACCAGCAUCAAGAGAAACACAGUCAACCCCGUCUACGAAGAAACACUGAAGUACUCUAUCGGUCGCACUCAGCUGUUCACUCGCUCCAUCUUGAUAUCAGUCUGGCAUUAUGGUCGCUUCAGCCGCAACGCCUUCCUCGGAGAGGUGGAGAUCGCUCUGGACACCCGUGACCUCGACUCCCCGUACACGGACACCAUGAUUCUCAUGGGGAAGUCACCCUCUGGUGGGCCUGCUUCAGCGUUUGGUCAGUACAAAGGAGAGUUGGUGAUCUCCUUGAAGUAUGUCACACCUACAAAGCCAAAAACCGAGAAAAUCAAAGGAAAAAAGGUGAUGGUUGAGGGAGGAGGAGAACUACAUGUCCUUAUUAAAGAGGCAAAGAAUUUGACUGCAAUGAAACCAGGAGGGACCUCGGAUAGCUUUGUAAAAGGGUACUUGUUCCUAACUAAGGCAAAGACCACAAAGAGGAAGACUUCAGUUGUGAAGAAGAACCUGAACCCCCACUACGACCACACAUUUGUGUACAAGGAGCUGGCUCUGGAGCAGCUGGAGGAGAUGUGUCUGGAGCUGACGGUGUGGGACAGAGAGGUCAUGUCAAGCAACGAAUUUCUGGGAGGAGUUCGUCUCGGCUCAAGUAAAGGCACUGUACAAACAGGAGAAGUGGAAAUGGACCCAGCUGGAGAGGAAGUCAGUCUGUGGGAGAAGAUGAUGCAGUACCCAGACUCGUGGGCAGAGGGCACUCUUCCACUGCGCUCGACUAUGGUGAAGGGCAAAUGAGGAUUGCUCACAGGCCUGCACCCUCCAAUAGAAACCAGAGACGAAAGAGGAGAAGCUGUGACGAAUGAGAUUGUGGAUUAUUAUUAUUAUUAUUGUUUGGCCAUUUUAUCAGACCAGAAGCUUCUUUACUAAAGUGAACCUACACGCUGGUUGGCUGUAAACGGACACACUGGCCUGCUGAACAUCUGCCUCCCUGUAUGGGGUUUGUCUUUAGCACCACCCCCCCCCCUAAAACAUCGCAACACUAAACUUUGGUCUGAUUUUAAGAGCACCUACACAGUCAUUUUAUGUUUCUAACAUUCAGGCUGUAUAUAUUAUUGCACAGAAAAAGUGUUGAAAUGAUUCACCUUUUUCCUUAUAAUUAUGUACAGAAUUACACAGAUGCGUGGGAAAACAAGUCGUUUUAAUCUGGUAUUGUACAAAAUUUCUGGUAUUGUAUCCAACAAAUUGUGCUCCAAAUUGUAAUACUUCUGUAAAAAUUAUAUUUAUAUUAGUUGCAUGAAAAGCCUUAUUUUAUUACGUUUAAUGAAUUAAAUUUGUCUGUUUGCUAGUUUAUAUGUAGAUUUUGAACUAUGUGAUCAGUCGUGUUUACCUCAAUUCCAUGAAUAUUCUGUUCACCCAAUAAAAAAUGUACUAAACCCAAA